AUGCCCCCAAUGCCCCCGACCUUCUCACUGUCUGUGAAGGUUGGCCGUACAGGCGACAUUAACAUAGACAACGCCAACCCUGGCAAAGAAUACAUCUUAGAGACCGGUUGCAAUGAAGAUGGGUUUUCUAUGUCGCAGAUCACUGCCUUAACCGACAUUGGAGCAAGCACGAAGACAAAAUGCAAGGAUGCUGUUAGCUUCAAGGCUGUUUCCCGCAUUGCCGACGUUGUUCAUGUUGCAAGCGGCCAUUCCCGUUUCAAACUCGACAACCGCCAUGGUAUGAUUGGAGCCCUAUGUCCACUUCCAUGCCCCUUCCCGGCAUCAAAGUUCACCUCCCACUCCACGCGGAUGAUGGUCCAGCUGAAGGGCCAAAGGGAACAUGAAGUGAUCGAGAGAGAUUUGAUCAACACCCAGCCUGAAAUUCUUCUCUUUCUACAAAGUUUGAGAGGAAUCUGCGUGAUCACAAGUACAUUCAAGUCUAUUUAUACUGCAACGCACACUGACGACGAGCUUCAUGGUGAAACUAGGGCAGUGAUGGUGCACCACAGCAUAGGAGAUACAAGAACCACAAAGUACAUCAUAGUCCGGAAAAUAGUUGACAAUGCGCCAACAGAGCCCCGACGAAAAUGUGUUGUGACCUUAGAGGUCACACUCGCUUUCCCACAGAAGGGCGAUGGCAGCCCCAGAGUCGUGCCGCAACAUAUUUUUGCCUUCCUUCCAACCAACUACUAUAGUUUCCGAAUGAGUUUAUUCGCCGAAGAGAUUUUUCUCAUCCAGGGUGACUUCAUCCUAACAGCAAGCCGUGAAAGCCUCGCCCCUACCGCAUGGAAUGAAAAACUUCAAGAGACCAUCCCUGGAGCUUUCGAGGCGGCGAUUCACAGGUCCAAUGAUACAAAAAGCGGCAUACGUUACUCUUGUCCGCAGUAUCUAGAAUAUUUAACGACUGGCAUAGCCUUUGGCAAAAACCUCGGACCGAAACUCUUCAAGCACCCUCGUUUUUGCCGGAUCCUCCGAAACUGCCACAGUCUUGAUCUCUUCUUCAUGCCCGGAUGUCUAGUACAUCUAGCCUUCGACUACGCACCAAAAGGAAGACUGCCUUUCGGCCUCGUAGACCUCGGCGUGAAAGUUAUAGACCUAAUUAUCUUCUCGUCCCAUUGA